AUGAUCCGAUUACCCGCGCUGCGGCAUCUCGCGACCAAGCCGGUGCGCCUCACCGCCCGAUCCGCCCAGCAGCGCCGCUGGGCGCAAGUCGUCGACGUCCGCUUCCACACCACGCAGCAGCCCGCCCAGGCGAUCCUCGAAAAGUACCGCGAGAAGCUCGCCCGCAAGGCGUCGCAGGAGGGCCACAGCAGCAUCGAGGACCUCAAGGCCGCGUACGCGGACAAGAUCCAGGCGCAGCGCAAGAACGACGCCGUCGACGUCCCCUCAAUAGAGGCGCUGUCAAAGGCCGGCGGCAUACCACAGACCGAGGGCACGCCCGCUGCGAUCAAGCCGCUGGGGGAUAUUCUCGAUCUCGAAAAGGUGGCGGAGCUGCCUGAGAAGGAACUCACGGCCAUCUGGCGCCUUCGCCACGCCUCGUCGCCGCAGACGUUGUGCGCAGUCAUUCCUGCGGCGACAUACAAGGCGAUGGAGGAUCUCGCGCGCAGCAGCCCCUUCUUCGUCCUGCCGGUACCGCACGAGAGCCAAGGCGCGGAGAUGCACUUUUUGCAGUGGACAUGGGAUGCGGCGUCCAAGACCAGCACGGUGCUCUUCACACAGCUCGUCGAGUAUAAGACGAGGGGGGAGUUUGCGCAGCCGCACACCACGGUGACGCAUCACCUGGAUCUGAUUGAAGACAAGGGCCUGGUGUUGAUGCAAGGACAGGUCAUGGAGGGCCGCGGCGUGCAGCCGGACCACGCGAAAUGGCUGGUCAUGUGUCUGCAGCGGUUCUACGGCGGGUGGGAGCAGAAGGGGGACGAGAUAGAUGGGCAGAGGAAGGAGAGGGCGGAGGAGAGGAAGAAGCUGCUGCAGUGGUUUACGAAUGGCGACUCAAGGUUCAGCGUCGAGAAGCUGCUGGAGGAGGCGGAAAGGAUGGGAUGAAGGAUGUUGGGCUUUGGACACGGUUGGAGAAAUAGACGGGCG